AUGACAUGCAAAGAAGGGGACGUCCAGUCACCGUCACGACUCCAGAAGCAGUCAAAGCCGUUCGAGAGAAAAUCAGACGCACUCCGGAAGAAGCAUGAGAAAGAUGGCAAAAGAAUACGAAAUGAGUCGAGAAUCGAUGAGAACUGUUGUCAAGGACAAGCUGAAGAUGAUUCCCUACCCUAUGCAGAAAGGAGCCUUCCUCAAUCAAAAAACAAGACAUUGAGCAUGAAAAAGACUCGAAAGCUGCACGCUGGCACGAAAGAUGGCUCGCAUCUGACGACGCUAUUUACCGACGAGAAAAUCUUCACUGUGGAGCCGAACAAGAACGGCCAAAACCAUCCGAUCAUCGCUACUGACUAUCAGAGUGCCUGUGAAGAAGGAAAAAUUCUGAAUAAAACUUCGCAUCCGGCUUCCGUGAUGGUUUUUGCCGGAAUUACCGCUGACGACAAAACUCCGCUGAUUUUUGUGGAUCCUGGAGUCAAAGUGAACCAAGUAUAA